CGACAGCCGAGCAGGCGGCCGGCCAGUGAGCCGCGCGCCGCCGCCGCCGCCGCACAGACGGACAUGUAGAGCGAGAUGCGGGCGCCGCCGCCGCUGCUCACCACGCUGCUGCUGCCGCUGCUGGCCGCCGCCGGCGCCUCCUGGCUGCAGCUGGGACUGGAGCGGCCGGAGGCGGGUGCGGGGGCGGAGUCGGUGCCGGAGUCGGAGGCGGAGGCGUGCUCCCUGCUGGGGGGCGGCGCGGCCGAGCGGCUGUGCCGGCUGCACGCGGACCACGUGGCCGCCGCCCGGCGGGCCGCCCGCGCCGCGCUCCAGGAGUGCCAGUGGCAGUUCCGGCAGCGCCGCUGGAACUGCUCCACCGCCCAGGGCUCCAGGACCGUCUUCGGGCCCGUCUCCAGGAUCCCGAGCCGCGAGAUGGCGUUCGCGCACGCGCUGUCGGCGGCGUCCCUGCUGCACGCGGUGGCCCGCGCCUGCCACGACGGCCAGCUGGCGGCGUGCGGCUGCUCGCGCAGGGGCCGGCCGCGCGACCUGCACGCCUCCUGGCUGUGGGGCGGCUGCGGCGACAACCUGCACUACGGCUACAAGUUCUCGACGGAGUUCGCGGACGCCAACGAGCGGGAGAAACCGCUGAAGAAGGGCUCGCGGGAGGCGGCGCGCGCAGUCAUGAACCUGCACAACAACGAGGCGGGCCGCAGGGCGGUGGUGCGCAAGUCGCGGGUGGCGUGCAAGUGCCACGGCGUGUCCGGCUCCUGCAGCCUCAUCACCUGCUGGCAGCAGCUGGCGCCGCUGAGGGAGGUCGGGGACUACCUGAAGGACAAGUACGACGGCGCGACGGAGGUGCGCGUGACGCGGCGCGGCCGGCUGGCGGUGCGAGACCGGCGCUUCUCGCGGCCCACCUCGCACGACCUCGUCUACCUCGCCGAGUCGCCCGACUACUGCGAGCGCAACGACUCGCUGCGGCUGCCCGGCACGUACGGGCGGCAGUGCAACCGGACGUCGCAGGGCAUCGACGGCUGCAGCCUGCUGUGCUGUGGGCGCGGCUACAACACGCAGAAGACGCUGGUGCGCGAGCGCUGCCGCUGCAAGUUCCGCUGGUGCUGCUCCGUGGAGUGCAAGGUGUGCUCCCGCACCGUGGACGUGCACACCUGCAAGUGAGCGGACACCCCUCGCAGGGGAGAGCCGUCGUCAGGAUUGCGACCUGCACACCUGCGAGUGAGUGGACACCCCUCGCAGGGGAGCGCCGUCGUCAGGAUUGCGACCUGCACACCUGCAAGUGAGCGGACACCCCUUGCACAGGAGCGCCGUCGUCAGGAUUGUGACCUGUACACCUGCAAGUGAGAGGACACCCCUCGCAGGGGAGCGCCGUCGUCAGGAUUGCGACCUGCACACGUGCAAGUGUGCAACACGUGUGUGCCCUUCCCUGUCGUACACCCCAGCAAGGUGUGCGCCGGUGUCAGGAAUGUGACUUGCACAACUGCGAGGAUGGCUUUUUGCAGUCUGACGUCUGCUGCACAACGGCUCUAGCAAAUGGGAAGUGUUUGACUGUGUUGUCCACGUGUACACCUGGAAGUCACAUCACAGAUUGAAAUGAACUUGCCGUUGAUAUAAGUAUGGACACACAAAAGUACAAACGAUGUCAUGGCCAUGCCCACUUAAAAAGCACUACUGUAAAGUAGGGCCUGUCAUCUUAGUUGUGAGACCAACUACAGAGUUUCACGAAGGAUAGUUGCUUCUUACACAACUGCUACAAGACAAAUUAUUGUAAUUCGGCACCCAACUGUCGAAGCAUAUAGUCUCGAGAUAAGGAAGAAAAUUUUCUACCAGUCAUACAAUUACGUUAGUGCAUGUCCAUGUGACAAAAAUUCGUAAUAAGCUUACUGAUACAUCAUUGCUGAUGACUGAAACAUGAUAUAGCCCAAUGUGUUGUACCCUGCUGCCAUGUGUAAAAUUCAAGUGAAAGCUGGAUUUCAGAUGUUAGGAAUAUUUACUGUGUAGUUGCACGCAAGAAACCUGAGGUCUCUAGUAUUAUUGCAAACGAAUUUGUUGCUGAACUGUAAAUACUCAAAAGCUAUUAGAGUGAAAGACUAAGUGAAUGAAAGUAAUGUAGUUUUCGUUUGAGAAUCAUUUAAAAAAAUCUUCUCGUGGCAGCUGACACACACCAGACGAGGUGUCGCCUUGAAGUGACACGAUAAGUUUUGGUUUUAAGAAACGGCUGACUACAGCAAGAUAUAUAAAAAGUAAAAAAAAAAAACAUAGUCUUGAAACGAAAAGCUCAGUACUUUUUUGCGGAACAUAAAUUGCUCAGAUAAUAGUACCUGAAGCCAGUGAAAUCAGUACUUCAGUACAGCCAUCAACAGUUUAUUGUAUACAGCGUGUUGAGAAUUGACAACAUUUUCUCAUGUUUAAUGUAUAAGCUCAAGGUUCUACUUUCUAGAGCUCUUCUCUUAUCGGCAGAGAUAUUUCUGUCAUUACGGUUCCCCCUCAAGAAAGGCUAAGUAAAAUAAAGGGCUAUUUUUUCAAGUUCCAUUUUCUAUGCUGCUUUUUUUCUAUUGACGUUUGGAAACUUGUAUAUCUGAAGACUUUAGUCAUCUUCUACCGCACUUCAUGGCCUAGGAAUAUUGUCCACUACGACUUAAUUCACUUCUGUAAAGACACUAUAGUCAAACUGUCAUGGAGAUAUCAUAUCUUCACUUUGGGUUCACUAUAGUAUUUAAGUCCAACGAAAGCAGUUUAGUUAAUACAAAGUCAGCUGACGCUAUAUGUAAAAUUUUAAUAAGACUUAAAUUUGCACCUACACGCAGAGUAAACGUUGAUAAGUUUUUGGCUUUAUUUAUAGUGGGUUUGAAAGAUGAGGCUUAAAAAUUCACACGGCAGUGUUACUUCCUGAAUUAGAGUAACCUCUUUCCUCUCACUUUUAACAGAAAAUUCGAAGAAGGAACAGCUAUUUAUUGCAAUAAAAAUAAGUUUUACGUUCCAGUCGUAAUACUAAGUAGCACGGUUUGGUUUCGCCGCCAGGUGCAUUUUCUUCCUGCCUCACACUAAUAUUUUCCUUCUGCGUAACAGCAUUGUCACAUUCUAGUGUCAAUUUGAUGACUCUUAGGUGCUCGAUGUUUCACAGUGUCAUUUGGUGAUGAGAAACAAUAUGUUUCGCAUCUAAUGUAUAUUAAAGUCUUUGAAAACAUGUGUGAUUAUUUCCAGUUGAGACUAAUAUUGCGUAAUGGUAUUCUUUUCCAGCACCUCAGAUGCACGAACACAAGCACGAGGUUUACGCAUUACAUCAUUUGAGUGUUUAUAUGAAGUCCAAAAUAUUUGCUAAGUGAAUAGAAUGUCUCACAAGUUAUCUACAGCCGAUGUAGCACACUUGUUGUUCAAAAACGUAUUGACUCAUUCGGUUGACUGAAUAGAAGAGACAUCUCUUCUCAUACUUUCUAAAUUCGCUUCGGUUGGUCUUGAAGCUUUGUAAAAAAUUGUCUGUGUCACUCUCAUCUUCCGUUCAACAUCGCACUGAAAAAAAAAGCAAGUAUAUUAUUCAUCACAGUCACAAAGCUCAAAAACUGCCAUUUCCACGACGCAUAAAUCCGUCACUGCUUUCAUAUUUAUUACCAUGAGACUAUAUUAUUAGCAAUCACUGUUUCGUAAAUAACUUUCAUGAAUACUGGAUGCAAAUAUAGAUAUGUAUCCAUCAUCUAUCACAUCAAUCUCACACAAUGUUUUCGCCGCAGCUUCAGAAAAACUGCUCUUUACGCUGCGAAUAGCACACUUUGUUUCCAAAACAAAGCGGCUUUUCUUGCCCUUACCAUAUCCGUGGAUGAGGAAAUGGUAAUAAACCAGUGGAAGAUGUUUCACAGAAGCUACUUUAAGUUCCUCAAGGAAUUCCCACUGCAUAUCUUUUGCAGGUUCUGAAACUUAAGACAUUUGUGUUCUGUUCCCACAUGUGUUGAGCCUAUCAUGGUUAUUCGUGACGCCUUUUCAUGAGACAACCGUCCAGAGGGAUUCACUUUAUUGACCUCCACCUGAGACUCCAGAAGUGUACUGCAAGAAACGCAUGCCUAGAAGUUGCAGACAUGUACCCCAGAUCCUGCCUUAUGCGAUCUGAACCACUACAUAUAAAUGGGUCGUCCUGUACAACACACAUGCUUGUAGUGCUUUGGUGUGUAGUCCCCAUAUCUGUUAAACAAAGACUAACAGUGACGAUAUUGUGAGCUGUAAACGCUUUCUAUGUACCAGCGCACCAUACAGACUGAUCCUCUUUUAUAAAAGAUAUUGUACAUAAAAGCUUCUUGCCUUCUGUGUACGGAAAAUACUACACAGACCUUGUAUCAGUUUUGUAGAUAUAGUACAAAUUAUGUGUAGCAUUUUGUAAAAUUUAUGACAGUGUACUUAACUUUUGAGUGGUAUGUUUAUUGGAAUGUGCUGUAUUAUUUAUUAGAAAAUAAAAAACUCAAAUGGACACUAAC